UACUUUUCUUUAGGGUGUUGAGCCCUUACUCAGACUGACUCGGACCUCCCUGCUGGUCCCAGUGAGAAGCAAGAAGCGGCACGCUAUCCCUCCUUCUGUCAAUGCUAAGCACCUGACGGAGGAGGAGCACAAGUUGAAAGCCAGGGCUGCUGGCAUUGUGAUACCUUAUGAGCCCCCAGAACGCCCCAUCCAUCUUGCUUGCACAGCUGGAAUUUUUGACCCCUAUGUGCCUCCGGAGGGUGAGGCCCGCUUGUCCUCCCUGUCAAAGGAGGGGCUGAAGCAAAGAGCAGAGCAGCUGAAGCAGCGCGCGGUUUCACAAUUAAUGAUUCGGAAGAUAAAAAAUUAUGUUCCUAACUUCAACACUAAAACUUUCCCCGAGAAAGCCCAGGAGAUAUUCAUUGAAGCUCACAAUUGCCUGGCAAAUUUCAACAAGCUGAAACUUCACUCCUUGGUCACGGAACGCAGCUAUCCGGAAAUGGUGCGCGGGAACAGGUACAAUACCAUCCGCUGGAGCUUUGUGGAGUCGUUGGAGCCUCCCAGGGUGGUUCAGGUUCGGUGCUCGGAUAUGGUGAACAAGGGCAACCUGUACGGGCAGGUGACGGUCUUUAUGCACACCCGGCAGACCUUGGCGAUCUACGACCGGUUUGGGCGCCUGAUGUACGGCGGGGAGCAGGUGCCAAAGGAUGUCUUGGAGUACAUCGUGUUCGAGAGGCACCUGGUGAACCCGUAUGGCUCUUGGCGGAUACACGGCAAGAUAGUGCCAGCCUGGGCACCCCCAAAGGACCCCAUUAUCAAGACGGUGAUGCUCCCUGGCCCCACCCUGGACCCCUCGCAAGAAUUCGAUGAGAUCCAGCAUGAAAUUCCAAAGCCCAAUCGGACGCAGUACAAAUAACGCCGGGCGGGAGGGGCGGCGACACGGAGAAAGCAACAGACUGGAGAUGUGACGGUUCUUUGGUUGUGAUCCGCAAGCAGUGUGACAGCAGGUUCUGUUCCAGCUGAGCACAGACACCACUAGAGAUGUCUGGGUGGGGAAACUUACCAGCAGAAGACUGCCCGGCACGGUUUGGCUCUUCCCCCACCACACAGCAUCCUUCGUGCCGGUCUCCAAACUCCGUCCGGUUUGCUUUGGAGACCAGCCAUCCCACAUCUUCAGGAGUGCACAUUAAGUGACCCUCAGUUCAGGGACCUGCGUCCCUGCUUCCCAGGGCACGGGUGUGUCUAUGGGU